AUGCCUUUUUCUUUUCCGUUUGAUUCACUUUUCGCUUUUUCGGGUAUGGGAGACAUGCCGCCGAAUUUUUUCGCUCACAAGCCAGAGACUUUCGACCAAGACUUGCCGCUGAUCGAGACCGGUGACUUGAACAUCAUUAGUGAGGCGGUGCCCGAGUUGGCAUCGUACGUGCAUUCAGCGGCGGUUCCGUCAGGUGCCGAGAUUCCAGAUUGCUCGAAAGUGUUUUCAUCAACGUCUGUCCCCGGAUUCACCCCGUCUGUGACCGAAACUACAGUGACGAAAGACAGGUUUGAACGCAAAGCGUCGUUUUCUUCCAACUUCUCGCUUACCAGCGCCGACUUCCAAUUUUCACCCGUCCACGGCAUCUUCGCCAGCCUCUCGCCUGAUGCUGACGUUACGCUAGACGAAUCGAAGGAUGCGAUGGACAGCGGAUGUCAGAGGAUGAUGUUGUCAGACGUGCGCUCUGAACCGAUUCGAAUCCCGACGAGAACUGGUGCCUCCGGCACAAGAACAUAUGACCCAAGAAAUUCCGACCGCCGUUCUCCUGACGAUUGUUCACGUUCUGAAGUUCCACAGUGUCAGGACGUUGAAGAUGUUGCUGGAAGCUUACAGGAACUGAGCUUCACGUCCUUCUCUGCGUCCAACAGUCAUUAUCAAACGCCGUCUCAUUCCAUCUUCCACCCGAAGGUGUCAUUGGACGAUUCCCAAGUGCAUUUGUAAGU